GGAGGGUGUAGAUCACGGAUGUCCUGUGGAGUUGUAGUUUCCCAAAGAUUCUCCCCCGGGCUCUCUCCUGUGCUGUUCUGCUCCUCCUGCUCGUGGCCAUGCUGAGCAGAGGCAAGAGGUGCAGCAUCGCCAAAAUCCUCCGGCAGUACCGUGCUGUCAUCUUCCACGAGAUCCAGAACCUGAAAAACCUGAGCGGAUCAGCAGACAGGAGCAGAAGGGUUGGGCUGGCUUGUCGUUCAGACAAGGACCAGAAGAUCCUGCUCUCCAUCUACAACAUCAGCAUGUCCCUGCGGGAGGUGGCGGCUGGCACCCUGCGCAGCCCCGAGGAGCUGGCGGUGUGGAAGGUGGCCAGAAACACCGACUUUGUGCUCAGGGAGAACUGCAGAAAAAUCAGCCAGGUGAGAUUUCUCCCCGAAGGGCUGGUCUGGGCUCCCCUGGCAUCCCCGGGGCUCUUCCGGGGAAACCCCGGCCGGGAGGAUCCUCUACAGCAGCCGCCAGCAACUCAUUAA